AUGAACGGUCAUAUCGAGGUAUCCGAUGAAGCCUCGACUCAUAUUCCUGACGUCGAGGUCAUCCCAGACAGCACCAUUUUGAUUGCUGGAGGCGGACCCGUGGGCUUGACGCUUGCCACGGUCCUUGCAUCUUACGGGGUGAAAAGCGUAGUUCUGGAAAGAAACGCAACAACUACAAGGUUUGAUGCACUCUUACACAAUUCCGAUAAACCGGCGUGGGUCUAA